UUUUACUGACACUAUGGAUAAUGGAAAGAUGGUGGUGUCUCCCCAUCUCUCUCUUUGCACUGAUAGUAUUUGUCGUAAAGGCUUCGUCACUCUCGUGUAACCCUGACAGCCAGACUACCCUCAGUCUAGUCGGUUUCUUUCCCUGUCUCCGUGACGCUCCGGCUUCUCAGCUCUCCCAUUGCGAUCUAAUGAUACUUGGCUCUGUGGAACUGGCCAUAGAAGAUAUCAACGCAUCACCGGCGGGAGAAUACAACUGCUUUAGGCUAAAUCUUACACACAAGAUAACUAACAACGCUUCGGAGGCUGUGGAUGCAGUGAAGGAGUACGGGUUUCUAAAUAACAGGUUUUUAGCUCAACCAACACACGGGAUACUGGGCCCAUACAGCAACCAAGUUGCUCUUGAUCUGAGCUACAUAUUUGGAAGACUUUUUAACAUUAUACAGGUAACAUACUCAGUAACUGACUCUAGACUUAAAGAUAAAGCUCGAUACCCAUUACUAUACUCUAUCACUCCUACUGAUGCAUUCCUCAAUAGAUUGAGGAGUGAGGUACUUCGUCACUUUGGUUGGAGGAAAGUAGCUGUUUUCUCUUCAGACUCUGCAAGAGACACAAAAGUUGCGGAAGAACUGGCUGAUGUAUUGUACAACAGCACUAACAAAAUGAGUAUAAUGUUGGGAUCGUUUGGUAGCACAGCAGUUAGUUUAUUAAAAAUAGCGAAGAGUAAUGAUGUAAGGGUAUUUCUACCUAUUGUAUCAGAAGAUAAGGCUAGAGCUAUUUUUUGUGAAGCUUACCAGUCAGGCUUAACAUCCCCUAGUCAUGUUUGGAUACUGCCCGGAAUGUCCCGUUCAAACUGGUGGAAAUUACUCGACAAUCAGACAUCGAAUUGUACCGACGAAGUAAUUCUAGAGGCAAUCAAUUCAACACUAUUUGUUGACACACUACCCUUUGACAUUAGCCUAACAAAAGAUGUACAGAAUUUAACUUUAAGAGUGCGUGAAAGACUCAACCUUCCCCCGUUUGACUUUAAGAAUGGAUAUCCACCUUCUCUUCUUCAUUCGAAAAUGUUCAGUGCCUAUGAUGCAGUGAAACUAUUAGCCAUUACAUGGAAUGACACAAUAAAUCACUUACACAAUGCUAAUACAUCAAAGGGCCUUAAUGCUACAGAUAUCAUCAGGGAUCCUAUGAAAGAUCCAACUCUAGGCCACCUACUAAUGGAGAAAUUGAUAGAUGCUACUCAUCGCUACACUGGAUUCACUUUGUUAGGUGAACCGAUGCUAAGUAUGACCUCCACCGGUAGAGGCAUGGUUACACAAAUGUUUGGCAACAGAGAAAGCAUAGUUGCAGUCUACAGGCAUACCAUUCAUGAAGGUAGUCACUUUGAAGUAUGUACAAAUGGUACAGGCUGUGGCCUGUCAUGGAAAGGUGGUUAUCAGCCAACUGAUGGUACUAGUAACACAGAGCCUGAUCACGUCUUAUUUUAUGUUAUCUUCUUUGUACUUUAUUUCUUUAUUUUUGUUGGUGGGAUUUCAUUUUCAAUUAUAACCUGCAUCUGUAAAACAAACAAGUACUUGAAAGCAAGAACUCCUUUCUUUACUGCCAUUCUGAAUGUCUGUUGCACUGGUCUCUCUGUAUCUGGGAUAUUCUACCUUGUAUCAAAUUACAUUGGACUAGUUCAACUAAAACACAUUGAAGUUGUAUCACCACUGUGUGCAAUAGGGUUUGUUGUGAUGCAGCUAUCAUACGUUACCAUUCUGGCUACGGUAUUAGUUAAAAACUGGAGGAUAUACAGGAUAUUUUAUAAUCCUCAUAUCAAAAACAGAAAAAAUUUGUCAACUAAAGAUCUUUCUCUUGGUAUCUCUGCUAUAGUCGUUCCAUUUAUGAUCACCAUCACAAUCAUUUACUCGAUCUAUCCUCCAAAAGAAGUAGAAAAUUGCCUGGAAAUGAAUGAUUGCAUGUGCCUCAAUAGACUCGGAAUGUGGAACAUCUUCCCAUUCCUCUAUUUUACAAUACUUUGUAUUGGUCUUGUAAUUCUGGGUAUUAGCAACUCACAGUUACAGUCUUUCUUUCGUGUUGAAGGACAACUGGCAAAUGUUGUAUCUAUAAUGUUUGGAUUGGUAGGAGCUUCAAUAUUUAUAAUACAAUUGCGUGAGAUUACAUCUCGCUCAGUGGUACCAAGUUUCAGCAAAAUUCUAAUGGUUCAUGUAUCAAUAUUUAUCAGUGGAUUUGUAUUCCUGAUUUUUGUUAAUGCUCCAAAGAUACGGAUCAGGCAACUGAACACAACAAGGCAUUCCAAAUCAUCAACCAGUAAUCUAGUAUCAGAAGACUAUUUGGAGAAAUGCAAAGAGAUAGUGAAACUGAAAGAGCAGCUUGAUCUAUUGGAUGUUCCAUAACCAACUGACAAGAAAACUUAAACUUAUCUAUCACUUGAAUGACCCUGACUCUACACCACUUAAUUUA